UCUGAGCUAGCCAGCAUCCCAGUCUCGGCUGUGCAGGCUGUUCCCAUCGGUGUUGGCAACCAGACUGUUGCAGCCACAAAGAGGGACGUCAACAAAUUGGCUGUUCGCGGCGACUGCAGUGCCCUCCCCGCUGGCAGUGGUCCGGUUCCGACCAACGACACGGACUCGGCUUUCCUCGCCGACACGGAUCUGUCCAACGCAGCUUUGGCCGCCGUCACCCCGGCCGGAUGGUACCAGACCUUCCAGAACCUCCAGUCUGCGACCUCCGCCUCAGCUUACAUGGGAUACAAGACCUAUGCCACUUACAGUCCUGCGCUGUGCGCAGCUGAUUGCAAACAAAUGACCGGAUGCGCGGCUUUCAACGUUUUCUUCGAGAGAGAUCCCAGCCAAGAUCCCGGCACGGCUUGCCCCAACCCCUCAAGCACCACUGUCAUCAAAUGUAGCUUCUGGGGUGUUGGCAUCGGCCCGUCCACUGCUACCAACAGCGGUGAAUACAGAAACAGCUUCCACGUUGUCAUUGCUGGCUCGAACGGAUACCAGCUUGCAGCACCUGACUACCCCGUCACUGGCUACAACUCGACUUUCACUGAUACGGCUACCAUCAACGCUCCCAACGACUGCAACAGCUACAUCACUUACAGGGCUCACACCGACGGAGCGUACGACCCUUCUCUCUGCGCUGCCGACUGCGCCUCUCAGAGGCAGGAGACAAACCCCUUUAACGGCCUGUACUGCCACUUCUUCACCAGCUACUCGCUUGUCAAGAACGGUGUCGUCCAGGCUCAGAUUUGUGCUCUUUACUCGCGCACUUGGGACAAGAGCUACGCCGUCAACACGGGAUACACCUCCGGCUCUGAUGUUUACACGAUCCAAUACGCAUACUCGUACUCUUACACCGCUGAUAUGGGCACAUGGACCUGCCCUCAAGGCAACGCCGCCGUCGCCUCUACGACAUCCGCAACUUCAUCCACGUCGCAGAUCGCCACUCCUUCCACUCUUUCCACAUCUACCACCUCGCGCGCUGCCACCUCUUCAACCCUGACUACCUCCAGCAGCUCAUCUGCCUCCACGAUCAAGACUUCCACCUCUUUCUCCGUCGCCGCCGCAACAACCAGCAGCACAGCGGUCUCUAGCGGGCCCAUCACCGCCUGCCCCAGCCCA